AUGUCUCCAUCCCUCACAGCACCCGACAAUGCCAACUCCGGCAUCUCCCACAACAUCUCCCGCUCUCAACCUCGCCGCAAGCGCAUCAUCGUCGCCAUGACAGGCGCCACAGGCACAAUCCUAGGCAUCAAGCUCCUCAUCGCCCUCCGCCGACUAAACGUCGAGACACACCUAGUCAUGAGCAAAUGGGCCGAAGCAACACUCAAAUACGAAACCGACUACCACGCCUCCAACGUCCGCGCCCUCGCAGACCACACCUACAACAUCAACGACAUGGCAGCCCCCAUCGCCAGCGGCUCAUUCCGUGUUGACGGCAUGAUUGUCGUGCCCUGCAGCAUGAAGACGCUGGCGUCCAUCUCCACGGGCCUGUGUGACGACCUGAUUUCGCGAGCGGCGGACGUGAUUCUCAAGGAGCGCAGGAGGCUGGUUCUGGUGGCGAGGGAGACGCCGUUGAGCGAGAUUCACCUGCGCAACAUGCUGGAUGUGACGAGGACGGGGGCAAUUAUUUUUCCUCCUGUGCCGGCGUAUUAUAUCAAGCCUUCUUCGGUGGAGGAUUUGGUGGACCAGAGCGUGGGGAGGAUGCUGGAUUUGUUUGAUUUGGAUACGGAGGAUUUUGAGAGGUGGAAUGGAUGGAAUAAGGAUAAGCAGUGA